AAAGUUCCUUCUAUUCCAUUCCAACGUCUACAACCAUCCAUCUUCAUACCACUCCAACUCAUACACUUCCAAACUUCAUCUUCAUCUUCAAUCCAUCAUCAUGACUGGACGCGGCAAAGGUGGCAAGGGUCUCGGAAAGGGCGGUGCCAAGCGCCACCGAAAGAUCUUGCGUGACAACAUCCAAGGUAUCACCAAGCCCGCUAUUCGACGUCUCGCUCGUCGUGGUGGUGUCAAGCGUAUCUCAGCCAUGAUCUACGAAGAGACCCGUGGUGUCUUGAAGACCUUCCUUGAGGGUGUCAUUCGUGAUGCCGUCACAUACACUGAGCACGCCAAGCGAAAGACUGUCACAUCUCUCGACGUCGUCUAUGCUCUCAAGAGACAAGGCCGUACCCUUUAUGGUUUCGGUGGUUAAACAACUCAACCUCCAAAUUCACAUCACGACAUUCUGGCUUCUCAUGUCUGCCAUCUUCCAUGGCAUGGUGGUCUCCUUUUUGCUUUGAGUUUCGGAGUGGUUGGUCAUGCAAUGGGUUCUCAAUGGGGUUGCACAAGGGUCAUUCACGGUUAUGAUGGGAUGGCAAAUCCAAUGAUGUGCUUUGAUGUAUCAAUACAGGCACAAGAGAUCAAUCAGCCUGGUCGGCGUUGAUAAAUGAGCUGAGCAGCGACAGAAGCAUCAGCAUCAACAUGAAAUAAACAUUUCGAAGCACACUUGUCUUCCCUUAAUUCUCCCUACCUUGAAAUUUGAUGUAUCCUAGAACG